UGUGACGUCAGUUUGGUUUACCAUUGGAUGUGAUCUGAGAGUGGAUUUAAUUGGCGAAGACAUACGCGAAGAAGUGAUCGCAUUAUCUCUGCACUCAAGCGAUGGUCAAAACACGACAGAAACGAUUCAAUUGGAAAGCGAGACAAUCGGGCCAUGAAGUGGUCGCCAAGGAAGCGGAUCCGCAAAAAAAAUCGGUGGCCAAUAAGAUAGACAUCGGCGUGGAUGAGACAAAAUACGAUUCGUGUAACGCAUUGGUUUUGGACACCACGAGGAAGGGGUCCAAAACGAAGGCACCAAAUGUGCCGAAAGUGGCGAAAGUUUUGUCGAAAAAACAAAAGAAAAAAUUAGAGAAAGUAUUGCAGCGAAAGACCCGCAAAAUUAAUAGAGCGAAACUAUUGAGUGAUUUGCAAGACGUGAGGGUUGAAGACAAGGAAAUGGCGUUAAUGUCGUCCACUAGUGAUGUCCAGACUUUCGGUCGCAAACGAUUUUUAGAUAAUUGUAAAUCAAUUAGUGAUAUAAAUACUGAAGAGAUCCAUGAAAUAACUGCAAUUAAAUACAAGACUCGCAAUACGUUUAAGAAACUCAAAACUGAACCCAAAAAUAAAGACUUGAAUGUAAUCGCAGUGUCGGACGGACUGAGCAGUAGUUCAGAAAGCGAUGACACCAGUGAUGAGGAUAAUGACAAUUCAGGUGAUAGUGAUGUGAAAGACGCAGACAAUGCUGUCGUAAAUAAUGAUAACACAGAGUCUGAAACGAGUGAACCAAAUGUUAGUGACAAAAGUGAAUCCGAUGUCAAACGCGACUCCAAUUUAGUGACUGAAAAACCGGUUGAAAAUGUUUGCGAACCCGAGAAACCGAAACCAGAAGUGACUGAAGAAGUAGUGAAGAGACAAUUCGUGGCCAUCGAUAGGACCGAUGAGAUCGAGAAGUUCCGGUCGGCGCUGCCUAUUGUGAACGAAGAGCACACUAUAAUGGACUCUGUGUUCAACAACAUGUUUGUCAUCGUUUGCGGCGAAACGGGUUCAGGAAAGACGACACAAGUGCCACAAUUCCUCUAUGAGGCCGGCUUUGCCACCAAUGGACAGAUGAUUGGAGUGACAGAACCGCGCAGAGUGGCCGCCAUCGCUAUGUCUAAACGAGUGGCUCACGAGAUGAACCUCUCGAGCAGUAGAGUGUCGUAUCAAAUAAGGUUUGACACAAACGCCACAAAAGAGACACAAAUUAAGUUCAUGACAGACGGCGUACUCCUCAAAGAGAUACAAAAUGAUUUCCUUCUGCAGAAGUAUUCAGUGAUAGUCAUCGAUGAGGCGCACGAACGGAGUCUUUACUCCGAUAUAUUGAUCGGUUUGUUGUCACGUAUUGUUCCGCUCAGGAAUAAAAAGAAGAAUCCUUUAAAGUUAAUCAUAAUGUCGGCGACGCUUAGGGUCGAAGACUUUACUACAAAUACCAGGCUUUUUAAGAGUGUUGCGCCCGUACUGAAGAUCGAUUCGCGUCAAUAUCCAGUGUCCGUUCACUUCAAUAAGAAGACAAACAGUGAUUAUCUUCACGAAGCGUUCAGAAAGGUGUGCAAAAUACACGCCGAAUGCCCGGCCGGUGGGGUAUUAGUGUUCGUCACCGGCAGGCUUGAAGUGGAAGUGUUGUGUCGAAGACUGCGAGCGAAAUAUCCGAACAAUAGCUAUAAAAAUAAUAACGAAGUUUCUACUCAUAAGAGUAGACAAAAACGGAUCAGAAAGAGCAGUGAAUGUGAAGAAAAUAAGACAUUAGUGACAGAGAAGGCGCCGACAAUCAAUUUGGAUGAUUAUGACGUGAAUCCAUUGGAAAGCGAAACAGUUUUAGACGAUUUUGAUUACUCUGACGAUGAAAAUGAUGAGCAAAUUGUCGACCACAACAGCGACGAUGAGGACAAUAUCUACGCCCAGAGCCAACCCCUGUAUUGUCUGCCACUGUAUUCAAUGCUUCCGCACUCGCAGCAGAUCUCGAUCUUCAAAGAGCCGCCACAGGGCUCGCGAUUGUGUGUCAUCGCCACCAACGUCGCCGAGACUUCGCUCACUAUUCCUAACAUUAAAUAUGUUGUCGACUCCGGAAAGGUU